UCAUCUUCACACACCAGUCUGUUCACUGCACGAGAAACUGGUCUGGUCAUGCUGCGGAUGGGAAAUGAUUACAACCUUUCAUGUGGUUGUUAAGACGCAGUAGCAGCAGAAGAUUUUUAUUUUAUUUUAUUUUUAAUGACACUUUUAAAUGACUUUUUUUUUAAUGAAGAUUAAUUUAGGAGAUUUUGCCGGAGAGAAACAAGUGUGCAGCCACCAGCUAUUUCUUCAUUUUAGUGAAUCACUGCGAAGGAAUUUUUUGCAGAAUAAACAACUUUCUCAAGGCGUUUUAUCUUUUGGCAUUGUAUUUCACGAGAAGUCUGGUGAGAAAUCAUAAAUUAUGUGCUUAGCUUUUUUCUUUUGAGGAAAGCAAACAAACAAACCUUUGUGUCUUUUAGACUAUCUUUAUCACUAUUUUGAUCAGCCCUGCAAAAAAAAAACUUUUCAUCACGUCAACAUUCCGAAAUCUACAAAUCUACAGAUUAUUUAUAUUUCUGACUCUUAAUGCGUGACAAGACCCCAGCGGCAACAAGAUGUGGAUUUGGGGAUGUUUUUUACACACCCUGAGGUCCUGGAUGUCUGAUGAUCCCUUGAAGCUGAAAGAAUGCUGCACUUUGGGGGGCUAAUGCUCUCUAGACUCCUGGAUAAAACCUGUGCAAGACAGCAAUAAACAAGAGACGAAAUAACGACAGUCUCUCACUGCUCUCGAGUGUAAAAGCUGGAAUAUUGAUUAAUGCCAUUUUUACCCAGAGGUCAACCAAAAACAUAGACACUCUGACAAGUCUGGAUAAGCCGGGCAAACGAGUGCCAAUGCUCUUAGUCAUUUUAAGAUGAAGUUAUGGAAGUGUGUUUCCAUCAUCUUGAUGCUCUGUGGUGCUGCACUCUCCGUCUUCCUCUCUAGAAUCCUGCUUUCCUCCAAAGCACAUGUUCUUCCUCAUGUUGAUCGUUCAUCUUCUGUAAUAUCAGUAGCAGCAGCAUCAUCUGCAUCAUCAAUGUCUUCGAACAACUCCUCAUCUGGGACCGGGGCGAUGUUUCGGAGGGUUCGUUCAGCAAAUGCAGACAACUUGGUCAUCUCUGAAUUCAUGCACAUGUUCCAGAGCUUCACAGAGGGUGAGCUGAAGCAGGUCAUCCGCACACUGGUGCAGAGGAAAGCUCGAAGAGAUGUUAAACUCGGCAAAAGAACUAAGCGAGCUAAGAAAGGAACCAAGCCCUGUUCACUGACAGACAAGGAGAUGACGGUAAGCCAACUCGGCUUGGGCUACGUCAGCGACGAAGUCAUCCUCUUCCGCUACUGCAGUGGUAAAUGUGUGGCCAGUCGCCGUAACUAUGACCUGGCGCUGGCGAAGCUGAAGGGUCAGCGCUUGUUAACUCGAGAGAACAUGGACAGGGCUCGGCACAGCCCAUGCUGCCGGCCCACAGCCUACGAGGAGAUUACCUUCCUGGACAACCGCAGCCAGUACCACACCAUUCAGGAGGUUUCUGCGCUGAAGUGUGCAUGUGUAUGACCUCAAAUACAUGGCAAAUACCCUCUCCUUUUCCAGGAAAAGCUCAAGAAGACGUUUGCAAGAAGUACAAGAAGAAGAGUAUAAUAUGGAGAACAUGUCAUGACAGCUGUUGGGAAAACAAAAGAAAGAGGCCAGGCUAAGACAUGCAACUGACAUAUAGAGAAGAGCCUUACAGUUUUGGUCUUUAAAACAUUUUUAGUAGCUGUUAUAUGAUGUUUUUAUUUGCCUUUCUGGGACAAGGUUUUGAAAUCGAAUGAAUCAUGAAUCAGCUAGUAAAGCGUAAGAGAAAAACACAAUCAGGACUUAAAAUAAUCAAUCCAUUUUCUUCUCCACUAAACCUCCACGAGUCUGAGGAAUCUGUUCAGCCUGCUAUGUCAAGUAAGCUGAAGACCUACUUGUUGCCCUUACAAGCAGAUGUAAUACCACGUUCUCUAAACAACACACUUCACAAAAAAAAAUAAAAAGCAAAAAUAACUGGCGUGAAAAGAUAAAAUGAACAAUAAAUACUGUAAUGAAAGUAGAGUAGAGAAAGGUGUAGACAGAUUUACUGUAAAAAAAAAAACAAAAGAGCAGCUCCACCUUUAGGUAACACUUUACACAAUUUCUACUUUAACAUACAGUAAAUUAAAAGACUGCUGGACCUUUUGCACAGUAAAUAUUAAAAAAGAAAAAUACAUGACAGAGAUAUCACAGGCAGCACUGCUCAUGUACGGUUUGUGUCACUGGGUAAAGGAGGAAGCCUGUCCCCUGAACUUCAAGAAAUCCUGUGUACCUCAAAGACAAAAGAGCCCAUCUGUUGGUGUUCCACAACCUGACAAAAAAUACAGUUAUUUAAUUGUUGACAAGAUGUUUUACUCCUAAAAUUAAGGCACCCUAAUGCUUUCCUAAUGAUCAUUAUGAGAAAUUAUGGCUCAGUGGUCUGUUUGACUUGGAACAGGAUCUUACAUGAACAAACAGUGUCUCUGUGACCUCACCUCUUUCUGUCUACGGUAUCAGUAAACCUUUUCCAAACUAAUGCAAUGAUAUUACAUCCAGAUCACAGACACACUGUUUUAUCAGAUUCCUCUAAUCAGUCUUCUGAGGAAUCUAUGAUUCAUAGCUUUCGCACAAAAAAACACCUCACAUGCUCUGCGCAGGUUGUAACAAAAGCAUCUUGUUUUCUCGAGAAAUUAAAAGUUUUUCCUGAAGCUGCUGUUGCACAUAUGUGGGAUAACAAGCUGUAAGAUUUGAUUUGAGGGGGGAAAAAAACAUCGUUCUGAUGUAUUGCAAAAUACUUUUUACUAUUAUGGGAACCGGGACGAUUCCAAAUCGCAUAUAGCAUUAGAUCGGAUUGGUUGUGUUUGACUGCAAAAUCAGUGGAGGAGCAGGUGUCCUGUUCAGACUGGGACAGAGGAUUGUGUCUCACAAAUCCAUUCCAUUUCUGUAAAUCCUAUAACAGACUACUCUAAUCCACUUAGUGCCUUUCCUACAGACUCCCACAAACACUGAAUGCUGAAGUGGACAGAACAGUAGGUCAUUUCGUUACUAAAUAAAUAUCCUGCAUUCUUAAAGGACUUCACUAGCAAAUUCGCUAGCACUUCAUAUUCAUUUGAGCUAAAUGCACAGUUUCUUUUCUAGUAAAAUCGUUUGAAAAACAACAACAACAAUGCUUUAGAAUGACGAGAUACCUCUGCAGUCCCAUGAGCUCCUGCGAUUGAAAUACAAGAUAAUUCCAUCUAAGAAAUGCCACCACCUUAGGCAGAUCAAUACUCCGCUACAAAGAGCUCAAAGCAUGUUAGUCUGCACAAUUAGUCACAUAUCUGAUCUGUUUCUAACAGAACCUUUAAAUUAUAAUUUAAUGGCUAAUGAGUAUGUUUGUAGUUAACAGAUUUGACAACCCGAAAUGGUUUUUCGGAACAUCUUGAACAUCUUCCAACUAUUUAAUUAGACCCUAAGCAGGCAAGGCAAAAAAAAAAAAAAAAAACCCUCCAGGAUAUAACACUGAUAUUUUUAGAUUAUUCCCAAGCCUGUGCAUUAAAACUGACUUCAGGAUGCUGGUGGAUUUUGUGCAUGCAGUUAAUCUACAUUGCAGCAUGAUAAAAUAUAACUACAGCACCACAAAUGGUAUAAUAUUCUUGUUAUAUAUCAUUAUUAUUAUUAUUAUUAUUAUUAUUAUUUAAGUUCACUGGAAGAAGACUUCCCAUUCUGACACAUCAGGUUUAUUUCUUCAAACCAAAAUGUAUUAAUGAAACCGCUGUUAUGUAAUGUAUGAUUAAAAAGAACACACACACUUACAGACUCUUUUCCCGGGCUUUGUUGGACACUGACGACCAACUACAAUAAACAUUGAUGCAAUGCAUCUGGAUAAAGGUUUAUCUAUAUUUAUUACAGAGUAAGUUAUGGUUUAUUUAUUUACAUAGCAUUCACAGACAAAACAGGAGCAUUUAUUUAUUAUUCAAUGUAUUGGUGCCAAAGUCUCAUGCAUUAUGUUCUUAUAACAGUUUAAUAAACUG